AUGACGUUUCCAUCGCUGCUUGGCCCAGCUUCAAAUCCCUGGAGAAGGGGAGAGGUUGCGCUGUCGCCGUCCUGCCGCCGCAAACCGUCACCACGUCCCCGCCGUGGGAUCCCCAGACCCCUCCUGGGAACGAACACGCCCGCUCCCCCGGGACCCCCCAUCUCUUCCCAACCGGCUCCUUCGCAGCUCGGUGUCCCUUGUACCUUUGGGGACACGCAGCCCCUGGUGGGUUUCGGACCGUUGUGCCUUGAAGUCUCCGUACAAGGCUCCUGGUGGUUCCGGGCUGCAUUCCCGGCCGGGAAAGGCGGCAGAGAAGCCGCCGUGCCACCGUGCCGGGCUCUCCCGGUGCGCAAGAGCCGCUGCUUCUGCGAGAGGCUCUGUGCAGCCCCGGUCCCGGGAGUUCACCUUGCUCCUCUCGCCUGCUCCGGGGGUGCCUCCGGCUGGGGGCGCUGGGAACGUUCCCCCCGCUUGUCACCCUGCCCGUGCGGGGCUCAGCGGCCGCGCCCCGAGGAGCCCCCCCUGCGGCGCCUUCCCAUUGGCCCCCGCAGAGCGCCCACGUGGGACGGGGGUUCCCCUCGCGCCGCCGCGGGGGGGGAACCCGGGGCUCUGCAGGGUUCCUGCGCCGCCCGCUCUGGGACCCCACGCGAGGGUCGUCCCACGUCCCCUGUCUCCUCUCCGCGUCCUGCCGCGGGAGUCCCGAGGGGAGCGGAUGGUCCUGCUGGGCUCAGCUCUCGCCUGUGCCUGCAGCCUCCCGGCACCGCCGUGCCCCCGAGACCCCCGGGGAACCCUCAAGGGACGGAGCGGUUACAAGGAUCCAGCGACCCUCAGGCUCUGGUGACCCCCAAGCUCCAGUGGCCCCCUCAAGCUCCAGUGACAUCCCCAUACUCCAGAGGACCCUGGGCUCCUGUGGGGGAAGCAAAGCCAGCUGGCCACCAGUGCUCCCCCAGUGACGCCCAUCCGUGCCAGCCGCCCUCCGCCCUGCCCCGCCGGCCAGGCAAGCCAGGACGUGCCGGGAUGCUGGAUCCCAUCCGUGGGUGUAACAACCUGGCCGGCCUCAGCCCGCGGCUGGACCAGCCUCUGGGCAGGACGGUGCUUGGCACCGGGCAGGGUGCCAGCGGCCCCAGCUGGCACUUCGGGGAUGGAGGGGUCCCCUCUCCUUGCCUCAGCAGCUGGGCUCAGCCGUGA